AUGUUGCCUGCUUUACACGUUUUAACGUUUCUUGCAGUUUGUGGGAGACCGAUAAUCUCUGAUCGCAUUGUGGGAGGCUCUGAUUCCACAAGGGGAGAAUGGCCGUGGCAGGUCAGCCUGUACUUUGAUGGAUUGCCCUCGUGUGGUGGAAGCCUUAUCGCAAAUUCCUGGGUGAUGUCGGCUGCUCAUUGCUUCACUUUGUCAGACAAUUGUUCCUCAUACAGAAUAUACCUUGGGGCGUAUCAGCUGUCAAACCUUCAAGACCCAAAUGUAGUGUCCAUUGGGAUAAAGCAGAUCAUAAAACACCCAGACUUCCAAUAUGAAGGUUCGAGUGGAGACAUUGCCUUGGUAGAGUUGGAAGUGGCUGUCCAAUACACCAGUUAUAUCCUUCCUAUCUGCCUCCCAUCUCCAACCAUCAACCUGCCGGAAGGAACCACCUGUUGGUCCACAGGCUGGGGACACACUCAAGCUGGAGUUGCCCUCACAGACCCUAAAACCCUUCAGGAGGUGGAGCUUGCCCUAAUUAAUAGGACCACUUGUGAAGCCAUGUACCAGGUCAGUCUGCACUAUAGUGCCCAGUACCAGCUCAUCCAGGAUGAUAUGAUCUGUGCCGGCUACAAGGAGGGUCAGAAGGACGCCUGCCAGGGGGAUUCGGGUGGUCCAUUUGUGUGCAACAUUAACAAUGUCUGGCUACAGUUUGGAAUAAUUACCUGGGGUGUGGGUUGUGCCAAAGCUUAUAGCCCAGGUGUCUACUCCAGAGUUCAAACGUACCUUGAUUGGAUAAAGAGCUAUGUGCCUUCAGUCAGUAUCAGUGACGGGGGACUCGUCCAGACGCAAAGUAGUCUUCUGAACUCAACACAGGCCCAGAUGAUCUCCCUCUCAGAAUCCAGCAGCAUUAACCCCACGCAGGUGGCUGAGGAAGCUCUCCAAGGCAGGAGGGAUGCUGUCCUUGGUGUGAAAAGGUUCCUCGGACAGCUGUCUGGCUCACCAAGGAGGUGGAGAACUGAGCACUGUGCCUAG